UAGGGUUUAAUAGCGCGUUGCAGCUGCCACUCGGACCACUCUCUUUUCGAAAUUAGCCGUAAAAGCUAUCGUCUUUAUUAUCUUUCUCUACACAGUUUUUUCACUCCCGACAAAUCACAAAACCGUGUGUCUUGUCUUAACUCGAAUCGCCGAUUCCUCUGGAUUUGCCGAAUGGAGGCUUCGAGUAACGGAUCCUGCGCCGUUUCGUCCGUCUUUAGAAAGAUCGAGUUUCACCCCGCGAGGAAGCCCUUCAAUGGCUUCUCUAACGGUAAAUCCGAUUUCAAGAUCGAGACUUUGAAUCCCAGCUCCUCCUCUGCCAGCAAGCAAGCCUUCUUCUCCUCACCGUCCUUUAAGAAGCGAGACGGGUCUGAUCUGUUGGAGAAUGGAUUAGAUCGGGAGCUUACUUUUAAUAGAACGAUCCGCAAAAUCGGUGCUGGUUUGGAGAAUCUCGGGAAUACAUGUUUUCUUAAUUCGGUAUUACAAUGUUUGACAUACACGGAGCCAUUAGCUGCUUACCUGCAUGAUGUUGGCCAUGAGAAACGCUGCCACGUGGCUGGGUUUUGUGCUUUAUGUGCAAUGCAGAAGCAUGUGAGGAAUGCCCUUCAAGCCACUGGCAAAAUACUAGCACCGAAAUAUUUGGUCUCAAACCUGCGAUGCGUUUCGAGAAACUUCAGAAACUGUCGGCAGGAAGAUGCUCAUGAGUACAUGGUCAAUCUCCUAGAGUGCAUGCACAAGUGUAGUCUGCCUUCUGGUGUGUCAAGCGAAUCCUCUGAUGCUUACAGGAGCAGCUUGGUUCACAAAAUAUUCGGUGGUAGCCUCCGUAGUCGGGUGAAAUGCGCGCAAUGCUCACAUAGCUCUGACAAGUUUGAUCCGUUUCUUGACUUGAGUCUAGACAUUUCGAAGGCGGAUUCGUUGCAGAGAGCGCUUACGCGUUUCACUGCUGUUGAGCUUUUAGAUGACGGUGCAAAGGUUUACCAGUGCGAAAGAUGCAAGCAGAAAGUUAAGGCUACAAAAGAGCUGACUGUUUUUAAGGCGCCGUAUGUUCUCACUGUGCAUCUCAAGCGGUUUGAAGCGCAUAGAUCCGAAAAGAUCGACAAGAAAGUCGAGUUUGCGUCUGCAGUUGACAUGAAACCUUUUGUCAGUGGUCCCUGUGAAGGUAAUUUAAAGUACACUCUAUAUGGUGUCUUAGUUCAUUAUGGUCGAAGUAUUCAUUCUGGUCACUAUGCGUGCUUUGUUCGCACUUCAAGUGGCAUGUGGUACUCCCUUGAUGAUAACAGAGUUUUGCAAGUUAGUGAGAAGAAUGUGUUCAAUCAGAAGGCGUAUAUGCUUUUCUAUGUUCGUGAUAGACAGAACACAGCCCCAAAGAAUGUGGUUCCCAUGGUUAAGAAAGAGAGCCUUCCGACAGCAAGAGCUUCUAUGAUUAUAUCUUCUAACGGAAAUGAUCAAGUGAGUGGUUCAACAGUCAUGAAAGCAUCUAUUUUGAACGGUCUUGGUGCCAAUGGUAGAGCACCCUUGAGAUCAUGUGAUCAAGGUGCUCCUGCUGUCUUUAACCGAAAAGAUUUGAAUGCCAAAGAGACUCAGAAGGAUCCCCCAAGCAGUGUAGAGGCAAAAGAGAUCCUGAAGAGGGAAAAUGGUCUAAGUGCUACUGCCGUCUUAUCCCAGAAAGAUUCAAAUGCCAGAGAGAACCUUCAGAAGGAACUGCCAAUAUCACAGGCUAAUGGGGAAAGAUCUUUGGUAAAGGAGAAGAUAAAGGCUCCAUGCGCGACACUACCAGGGAAGGCUGCCCCUCUACUGGAUGGCAGCAGAAACGCUCAAAUUCUUGUGAACUUGCCUACUUCUGUAGCUAAUAAAGAUGAGGAGACUCUCACCACACCGAGAAAGACUCGCAAGGGUAAAACAAAAACCCUGCAGGUGGGAUUAAAACUUUUUAAGCUGGCCCUUGGCGUACGCAAAAAGAUGAAACAGAAAAGGGGGAGAUCAAGUGCUGUUAAGGUUAUUCCUGAGGAGCUCCGAUCCAAGAAAGGAGCUACAGAUCAAGAGCGUUCAACUUCAGAGAUAACUAGCGAAGUUGCUUCUGGCUCUUCUUGCUUGCCUGGGAAGGAUAACAUUGUCAGUGUCCAUAAUGAAAGAAGAAGGAAUAGUAAUGGGAAUAUGUUGCUUGGCUCUGCGACUGGAGAUCUCAAGGAGAGAACUAAUGAAAAUGGUGCCGUUCUUGCGUCAGACCAAAAACCACCGUUGAGGAGUUCUGACUUAUCUAAAGCAAGCCAAAUCGCCAAAAGAAAGAGAGAGUCGUCAAAAGAUGAACAAAUCGUGUUGCAAAAAGAUGAGCCGACGGUUCUCACGCGGGGUUUGCCGGAGACAGUUGUUGCCAAAUGGGAUGAAGAAGUCUCGGCUUCUAAGAAGAUGGGAAUGAAUGAAGGCACCAGAAUCGGUUAUGUAGCAGAUGAGUGGGAUGAAGAAUAUGAUAGAGGGAAGAAAAAGAAGAUACGAAUUAAAGAAGAGAUGUAUAAAGGACCAAACCCGUUCCAGAUGAUUGCUUCAAAGAAACAACAAACCGAUACAAAGAAGAAAUGGACGCAACGCAUGAAUACCGCAAAGACAGGCUUCCGGAUAUGAACAAGGGACAGAGAGCAUCCAUAAUCUAUAAAAAAAAAAGAAACUGUAAUCCACAUGUUGCCGUCUUUGGCAGAAAGUAAUGGUAACAACAGAGGAAAAGAGAGAGAGAGGCUACAGACAUUGGAGAUUGUUUUGUGAUCUCUUUCCCCCCUCAGUUUUGUUCUGUUUUAGUCUCUAGUAAUGCAAUCUUUGAUUCUCCACAGGUUCAUCCUCAUGAAAUAACAUUUUAGCAUUAGCAUUGUAAUAAAAGAAACAAUAAUGUUUGUGCAUCUC